AGUGCUGUCCCCAGCCCCGCCUGCCUCCACUUUUCUUGGCUCCUCUUCUUCCUCCCCGGGCUGCCUCGCCUCUGGGGCCUGCCUCUGCUCGGGUCUGUUCCCAGCCCCCCUUCCCCUCCUCCGCUCCGGUCUGUUCUCACGCGCUCUUCCCUCUCUGCCUUUCCUUUCCUCGUCCUUCCUCUUCUUUGCCUCGGCUCUGUCCCACGCGCAGACCAGCUCCGCCUUUCCCAGUCCCACCCAGCUUCUCCGUCCCUCGCUGACCUCUGGUGCCGCCUUUCCCCUGCUUCGCCCUUCCCUGCUUCGCUUCGAUCUGUCCUUCUCCCGUGGGUCCCCCAAUUGUUCUUCUGGGACUUGACUUUCUGAUUUUUUUCAUACGAGACCCAAGGACCCGCCCGGGGGUUUCUGCCCCUCACCCCUCAGGUUCCCAGCCGCCGAGAUGCCAACUGGAUUUCAGCAGAUCAGCAGAGAUGAGGAGGAGGAAGUUGAGCAGGAAGUCAGGCCAGGCAUAACCUCCACUCUAGUGCUUUCAGUUUUCACAGCCGUGCUGGGCUCCCUGCAGUGUGGAUACAACAUCGGGGUCAUAAAUGCCCCCCAAAAGAUCAUCGAGCAGAACUAUAACACCACGUGGCUGAUACGGCACAAUGCCUCCAUUGACCUAUCCACACUCACCACCCUCUGGUCCCUGUCGGUCGCCAUCUUCUCUAUCGGGGGCAUGGUCGCCUCCUUCCUGGUGGGGGUCGUCUCCGAGUGGCUGGGCAGGAAGCGAGCCAUAAUCGUCAGUAAUGCCCUGGCCUUCCUGGGGGGGGCGCUGAUGGGGCUGGCCAAGCUGGGCUGCUCCUAUGAGAUGAUGAUCCUUGGCCGAUUCCUGAUCGGUGCCUACUCAGGGCUGGUUUCCGGAUUGGUCCCCAUGUACGUAGGGGAAAUUUCCCCCACCAACCUGCGGGGGGCACUAGGGACCCUGCACCAGCUGGCCCUAGUCAUCGGGAUCCUCAUUGCCCAGGUGUUCGGACUGGACUCCAUUCUGGGUACCCCAGAGCUCUGGCCCCUGCUCCUAGGUAUAACAGUGGCCCCAUCCGCCCUGCAGCUGGUGCUCUUCCCCUUCUGCCCUGAGAGUCCCCGGUACCUCUACAUCAUCCGCAACAAGGAGUCCAAGGCCAAAGAGAGUCUGAAACGGCUGACAGGACACAGCGACGUGAGCGAGGCGCUGACGGAAAUGAAGGAGGAGAAGCGGCGCAUGGACAUGGAGCGCAAGGUCUCCAUUGCCCAGCUCUUCCGCUGCCGGGUCUAUCGCCAGCCGCUGCUCAUUGCUGUAGUGCUCCAGCUCUCCCAGCAGCUCUCUGGCAUCAACGCGAUAUUCUAUUACUCCACCAGUAUCUUUGAGUCAGCUAGGCUGGAGCAGCCAGUGUUCGCCACCAUCGGUGCUGGCGCCAUCAAUGCCGCCUUCACUGUUGUCUCACUGUUCCUGGUGGAGCGGGCAGGGCGCCGGACGCUACACCUGGUGGGACUGGGAGGCAUGAUGGUCUGUGCCGUGGUGAUGACUGUGGCACUGGUAUAUCUGGAGCAGGUCCCGGCUAUGAGCUACGUGAGCAUGGUGGCCAUCUUCGGCUUUGUGGCUUUCUUUGAGAUCGGGCCAGGGCCCAUCCCGUGGUUCAUUGUGGCCGAGCUUUUCAGCCAGGGGCCACGCCCAGCUGCCAUUGCUGUGGCAGGAAGCUGCAACUGGACCUGCAACUUCAUCAUUGGCAUGGCCUUCCAGUCGGUGGCGGACGUCUGUGGGCCAUAUGUCUUCCUCAUCUUCGCGGCCCUCCUUUUGGCUUUCUUCCUCUUCACCUACUUCAAAGUCCCUGAGACACAGGGCCGGACCUUCGAUCAGAUUGCUGCCGCAUUCCGACGCACCCCGUCGCUUCUAGACCACGAAGUCAAACCUUCCACUGAGCUGGACUGUCUGGGGCCAAACGACAACCCCUGACCCAGAAAGGGAGCGAUCGGACCGAGAGACACAAAGAGGAAUGUAACAGUAACUCAGCACUUUAACGACACAGCAACAUUUAGAGAUUUUUUUUAGCUUAGUUAUUUUGUUGGUUUUUUUAGCCUCCGUGGGUUUUAUUUUUAGGAUUAUAUAUACAGUGAUUGCGUUGUAUGUCUGUGUGUGUCAGGGCCAUGUUGGGGAGCUGCAGCAGCUUAAUGCAGUGACAAAAAAAAGGGGGGGAAAUGGGUGGAAAUACCCGUCUCAGAUAGUUGUGAGCUUUUGGAAUUGGAGGUGGGGAAAGACCUCCCCAAGACCACAUCCAGAAUCCUGAGGCUACGUCUAGACUGGCCCAUUCUUCGGAAGAGGCAUGCUAAUUUCUAACUUUGGAAUAGGGAA